AUUUUCAGUUAGUGAAGUGUAUCUGCUUAUCAAAAUGAAGCUUUUUAUUGCAACGGUACUAACUUUAUUAGUACUUGGAGUGCAAGCCAAAUCCCUUGAUUACCAAUUACAACCACGUAUAGUGCAAGGUAGGAAUGCAAGUCUUGGGCAAUUUCCUUACAUCAUAUCGUUGAGAUAUCGUAACACUCAUAUAUGUGGUGGUUCCAUAAUAUCUGCUAAUUACAUUGUAACUGCCGCUCAUUGCGUUACAAAUGAAGUCGAUGACGAGGUCUUCGACAUGGAGACACGUCACCUAUCUAUUCGUGCCGGUUCCAUACGCCCGAGAAGAGGAGGUGUAAUUGUUCAAGUUGCUGAGUUUACGAAAUACCCCGGUUACCAUGGCUUUUUGGGUGAUAUAGCUGUUGUUAGAUUGGCCGAACCUUUGAAUUUCACCAAUCACAUAAGUGCCAUUAAUUUAACUGAAUCCGAUCCACCAGACUUUGCUAAUGUUUUAAUUGCCGGUUGGGGUCGUCUAUCUGAGAACGGACCGAGGCCGCGAAUUUUGAAAUAUACCCCUAUGGCCAGCUUAUCUCAUGAUCUAUGUAGUAUGUUAAACCCUCGUAUUGAUGAGUCCUUGUUGUGCAUGAUGACUAAUCCAGUUAAUCCGACUGGUAUAUGCAAUGGUGACUCAGGUGGACCUGCUGUAUAUAACGGUCGCCUGGUAGGAGUAGCUAAUUACAUUAGAGGUGAUUGUGGUGCAAGCCAUCCUGAUGUUUUUGCCCGUAUAGCUCACUAUGCUGAUUGGAUUAGAGAAAAUUCUGACUUGUGAAAUGCAGAAAUGUAAAUAAUGCAAAUAAAUAAAGAGCGAAUUGAAAAAUAAGAA